AUGACCAAAAACGUCAUUGCUGAGGCUGCCAAAAUGAGCCCUUCCCUGUUCACUAUGAACACAAUACAGGAAUUGGUUAAUUGGGUUCUAAGUAUCGAUAUAUAUAGAACUGUUCGCAUUUGGCGUUCCGCCUUGAAUCAGGUCAUGAAAACGACAAUUGUGAAAGAUCACCCGGUAGAAGGAAUCAUGUCAAGUGAAAAGAGUCAAACAGUUGGGAAAUAG